AAACUGGGAUUUUUCCUGACGGCUUCCUAGCUUUACGAUGACAACAACUAUGGCGGCUGUUAGUGGUAGAUUUGAAAGUGCGAAGAGUAUCGAAGAGCGGAAAGAACAGACGCGAGUCGCUAGGGCGGAGGUGUUGCGUCAGGCUAAAGCCAAUUUUGAAAAAGAACAAAGAUGUAAAGAACUUAAACGACUUCGGGGCGAGGACACUUGGAUGCUACCUGAUGUGAAUGAGCGAAUUGAGCAGUUUUCACAGGAACACUCUGUGAAGAAAAAGAAGAAAAAAGAUAAGCAUUCAAAAAAAGUAAAGAAAGAGAAGAAGAAAAAGAGCAAGAAGCAGAAAUAUGAAAAAACCAAUGACUCAGCCGAUAGCUCAUCAAGCUCUGAAGAGGAAUGGGUUGAAGCUGUUCCAUCUCAGACACCUGGAAAAGAAAAGGCCUGGAAAGUGAAAGAUGAAACGUUAGAUAAAGAAGACAACAGCCAAGUUAUUCAGAGGGAUGAGUGGAUGACUGUUGACUUUAUGUCUGUUAAAACUAUGUCAUCAUCAUCACUCAAAGCUGAAAAGGAAACUAAAAGAAGAAUAGAGCAAGAGAAAACUCAGGCACUGGAACAGUCCACACUGCAGGAAAGAGAAUUGAAUCCAUACUGGAAGGAUGGUGGGACAGGUCUUCCACCAGAAGAGGGUAGUGCAUCAUCAGUUACCAAAGUUUCAGUGGUAGAAGAUGGUGGAUUAAGCUGGCUAAGGAAGUCUUAUCAAAGAAUGAAAGAACAAGCUGAGAAACAAAAUAGAAAUUUUGAAGAUAUUGUAGCAGAAAGAUAUGGGUCAAUGGAAAUAUUUCAGUCAAAAUUAGAAGAAGCUGAAAAAACGGCAUGCUCAAGAGACAAUUACAGACAGGAACGGUGGAGGAAACCAACUUUUUCAGAUAAAGCACAAAGUAGUCAAGAAAGUAGAAAAUCAGACUUACUAAAAUAUAAACGUUCAAGGGAUAGAUAUGAUACAACAGACACUGCAAACAGUAGCAAUAAAGAUAAGUUUAGUGGUGAUGAAAAAGAUAAGCGAUCUGGGUCUUCGGAAUUGUGUAGAAGACAAACCAACCCAAGGCAAAGUCAAGAUUUUUCUUCUGGAAAUUUGAGACCUAAAUUCUUAAGACCCUCGGAUGAUGAAGAGCUGUCAAGUCACAGCAAGCACAGGCAUUAUGAGCCAUCUAGUUCAUCUUCAGCGUUAGGAACUCAGAGUUCUUUGCAUUGUGGUUUUAGAAAACCAUCCGAGAGUAAUGAAGAAACUUUAACAUGGAAUCAAUCUGAAGGAAGGGAAAGAAAAAAGAAACAUUCAAAUCAAAAGUCAUCGGAAAGCAGUAGCAGCCUGGAGUAUCAACACAUUGCAGAAGACACGAGAGAAAAAUCACAGGCUGAGAGCUUAAGAGGUGACCCUUCAAAGAAAGAACACCUGCAGGAAACACACUCUACAUUUGCUGGUAGUCCAGAAGAUGAGUCCCUCCACAUCCUGAGUGUUGAUGAGAAGAACAAGUUGGGAGCCAAGAUUAUCAAGGCAGAGAUGAUGGGGAAUCUGGAAUUAGCUGAACAACUUAAAGCCCAACUUGAAAAGGCAAAUAAAUUUAAAGAAACUAUAACACAGAUAUCAAAAACAUCUGGGGUAGAGAAUAAAGACCAGCAAGAAGUGAUUCUUGUCAGAACAGAUCAAUCUGGAAGAGUAUGGCCUGUGAACACACCAGGAAAACCUCUGGAAUCAAAAGGAGGAAGAAGGAAAAGGCAGAUGGUUUCAACUCAUGAUGAAAAAGAAAGAGUCAGAUACUUCCAUGAUGACGAUAAUCUAAGCUUAAAUGAUUUAGUCAAAAAUGAAAAGAUGGGAACAGCAGAAAAUCAAAACAAGCUCUUUAUGAGAAUGGCAUCUAAGUUCAUGGGAAAAACAGAUGGGGACUAUUACACUCUGGAUGACAUGUUCGUUUCCAAAGCAGCUGAAAGAGAACGUUUUGGUGAAGAGGAAGAGAACCAGAGGAAAAAAGCAAUUGCUGAGCAUCAGAGCCUCGCUGCACAAAUGGAAAAAUGUCUAUACUGUUUUGACAGCUCUCAGUUUCCCAAGCACCUUAUUAUUGCAAUAGGUGUUAAGGUUUAUUUAUGUUUACCCAACUUCCGAUCUCUUACGGAGGGACACUGCCUGAUAGUCCCUUUGCAGCACCACAGAGCAGCUACCUUAUUGGAUGAAGAUAUCUGGGAGGAAAUUCAGAUGUUCAGAAAAUCAUUGGUAAAAAUGUUUGAAGAUAAAGGAUUGGACUGUGUCUUUUUAGAAACUAAUAUGAGCAUGAAGAAACAGUAUCAUAUGGUUUAUGAAUGUAUUCCUCUUCCAAAAGAAGUGGGUGAUAUGGCUCCCAUCUAUUUUAAGAAAGCCAUAAUGGAAUCUGAUGAAGAGUGGUCCAUGAACAAGAAGUUGAUUGAUCUCUCUUCCAAAGAUAUCAGAAAAUCUGUACCCAGAGGCUUACCUUACUUUUCUGUGGAUUUUGGCCUCCAAGGAGGGUUUGCCCAUGUCAUUGAAGAUCAACACAAAUUCCCUCAUUACUUUGGAAAGGAAAUCAUUGGUGGGAUGCUGGAUGUAGAACCAAGACUUUGGAGGAAAGGGAUCCGAGAAAACUUUGAAGAUCAGAGGAAGAAAGCACUGCAAUUUUCUCAGUGGUGGAAACCAUAUGACUUCACUAGAAGUAAAAAAUGUUGAGCUGUAUCUUUCGUUUUAAUUUCCUCUUCAAAUCCCAUUCACUUCUGUUUCCAUUGCAUCUAACUAAACAAGUGAUCUUCAGAUGAGAAAGAAAAUCAUGGCAGGAGAUUGCCCUAGAUCUCUGAUAGCUAUGUAUCAUUUUCCCCACCUGUUCAUGUGGACCUCAUUGUAUUGCCCAUGAAGAAGGAGCAGAUCUAGUGAAUGAGUUGCUGACAUUCCCGUUCUUUUUUCUUUUCUGUUUUUAUUUGCCAGUGGGCAUGUAUGCUCCAUGGGUGUGUGGAUUUGCCAGUAGGCAUGUGUGCUUACUGGGAGGGAGGGGGAGAUAAAGGAGUGUAGGGGAGAGAAAGUACCUCCCGCCCCAUGUGGAAUGGGUCAUGCUGCAGUCUCU